AUGGGCCAAAUACUCUCGAACCCGAUCAUCGACAAAGAGGUGCACUCGGGACAUGAUCUCCUGACGGCCUUCGGCCUGUGCGCCAUGCAAGGCUGGCGUAUGUCCAUGGAAGAUUCGCACGUGUGUGCCACGAACCUCGCGGCGCCAGACCAGGCCAACAGCCAUGUGGCGUACUACGCUGUUUUCGAUGGUCACGGAGGCUCGUCGGUCGCGCAAUUCUGUGGCGACAGGGCUGCGCAAGUGGUGCAGGCACAGGAGUCGUUCCAAAAGGGACGAUACACGCAGGCUCUGAUCGACGCGUUCAUCGCCACCGACAAGGAGAUUCUCAAGGACCCGCUGCUCAGGAACGACCACAGUGGGUGCACUGCGACCACAAUGCUGAUUUCCAAGGAGCAGCAACGAUUGUUUUGCGGAAACGCCGGGGACAGCCGAACGGUUCUCUCGCGCAACAAGGUCGCCAAAGCUCUCUCGUACGACCACAAGCCCACUUUGGUGAGUGAGAAGUCGCGGAUCGUGGCCGCGGACGGGUUUGUGGAAAUGGAUCGUGUCAACGGAAACCUGGCGUUGAGCCGUGCCAUCGGGGAUUUCGAGUUCAAGUCAAACUCGCAACUGCCCCCCCACGCACAGAUCGUCACCUGCGUUCCCGACGUGGUCGAACACACGAUCGACUACGCUCUUGACGAGUUUGUCAUCUUGGCGUGUGACGGCAUUUGGGAUUGUCUUUCUUCGCAGGAGUGUGUGGAUUUAGUCCACUACGGUAUUAACAAGGGCGACAUGAACUUGGAGGAUAUCUCUUCCCGCAUUGUGGAUGUGUGUUGUUCACCAACCACCGAAGGUACCGGUAUCGGCUGUGAUAACGUGAGUAUCGUCAUUGUUGCGCUCUUAAAAGACGGUGAGUCGAUUGAUGAGUGGUUCUCCCGCAUUAGAAGCAAAAAACAUUCUACCCCCAUCUCCUUCGAACAGAGGAGAAGGGCAGUGUUUUCGUUCUACGAAUUUCCAAAAGACGACGCUGAAGUAUUUGCAGUUUCCACUAAAAAACCUGAUGAUCAUAACAAUACAUACUCGUCCAAUGACGAUGAAGACACCGAAAUGGAAAGGAGCGAGACCCAUCCAGGACACUCUCAAAUGGAUAUGUUUUCCUUGGAGACCUUACUCGGAGCCAAUGGAAUUCAAGUUUCGCAGGGCGGCAAUAAUGUGUCUUAUAUUCACGGAUCUGCUCUUUCUGAAGUGCUGGCUUCCUUAGGAGGUGGAGCCGGAGCUGGACCCGGUCAAGCCAUCGAUGAAGAACCAGAAUCGGAUGAUAAAACGGAAAAGCUCGAAGAGAUAAAAGAUUAG